AUGGUUCUCAUUGACGAUUCGGAGAAGACCGUUUUGGAGCCACUCCUUGCCAAGAAGAACGAACUCAAGCAGGUGUAUGACUUUGACCUGAUGGAGAAUGGUGGCCAUCUUUCCGGCUGGUGGGUUGACGGUGAGAGCUCGCAAAGUGCCGAGGUUGCUAAGGCUCUCAAUGUGAUUGCUGAGCCUGAGCGUUUCCACAAGCUGUAUGCUGCUCCUGAGGAUAAGGAGCCUCUCAUCUUCGCAGUUGGUGAUGGUAACCACUCCUUGGCUACUGCUAGGGCCUACUGGCAGGAGAUCAAGGCGACUCUGACCGAUCCGAAGGAGAUCGCUACUCACCCCGCGAGAUUUGCCUUAGUUGAGAUUGAGAAUAUACAUGAUGAUGGAUUGGCCUUCGAAGCGAUUCAUAGGCUAAUAUUUGAUGCUCACGGAGGUAGCAGAAAAUUUAUCGCAGAAAUGACGGAGUUUUUGGAGAAGGAAGGCUGUGGCCCAGUGACUGUCGGCGAGAGCGAGGAGGAUUUCAAGAGAGCCGUCCAGGGUGAGGUCUCUGGCCACAGUUUUGGCUAUGAGGUUGAUGGUGUGAAGGGCGGUGUUUUUAUUGCGAAUCCUAAGAAGGUCUUGGAUGUUGCUACUGUGAUGGACUUUGUGGAUCCUUAUAUGGAGAAAAAUGAGGCUAAUGGGACUAAGAUUGAUUACGUGCAUGGUUUGACAGCAAUUGAGAGGUACUGCUCGGCUGGUACGGCCAACGUUGGUAUUGUGCUUCCCGAUAUGCACAAGUCGGAUCUUUUCAAGACUGUUGUUCACGACGGUGCGUUACCUCGGAAGACCUUCAGCAUGGGAGAAGCUGACGAGAAGCGAUUUUAUUACGAGUGCAGGAAGAUCCGCAAGGACUGA